GACCAAUUCUUGUUUUACCUAACUUUUAAAUUCAUAGUGUAACCCAAUAAGAAAUAAAAUGACCGUACAUUGGAGUACUUUGUCAAUUCUCCCAGUUGAAAAUAAGUACUACAUCAUGCUGCAAACAAAGAGUGACAUGCAAGUUUCAAACUACUAUGGAAAAACAUGGAAACGUGGGAACAUGGCAUUAUGGCUUGCAAUUUACAGAAUAUGGAUUGUAAUUUACAAAAUUUAAACGAAUAAAAAAUGCCUGGGAGAGAUAAGGACUAUUAGUGCUUUGGCUUGAGAGAGAGCCUUUCUGAAAACUCAGUCAAAUUUCGUUGCCCUCCGUUGGUUUUAUUGAUGUUAUGGCGCAUCAUUGUCAUCAUUGUGGCAUGUUGUUUACAUAACUUCGGUGGAUUAUUUCUUGCGGACCGAGAGAAAGGCUAGCUGUGAGAAAUCACAAAAAGCUUUAACUUUAAGUGAACGAUGACAAAUACGGCAGUAUACAAUUAUUUCAUCAAUUCUAUGACACUAUAUAAUGCAUUCUCCUAGAACAAGAUCGAUAGAAAAACGACCGUGUCGAAUUUUGCUGUUAACUCCCAACUCAGUUCCAUGUGAUCUUCAACAAACGUGUGCAAUAGUUCUCAGUUCCCCUUUACCAGAACAGAAUGACGUCUACAUAAAGUUUUCCUGCUCAUUUAAAAAAACAUUUGUACGAGGUGAAAAAAUAAGUCCAAAUGCAUUAUCAUUUGUUACACCAGGUAAUUUUCCUGUAGGAAAUGCAGACAUUGCAAUUCAUUAUGGACCAACACAAAGCUUGUUGUGCACAUAUCACAAACCAUUUGUUUUCAAUUCAAAAAUUGAAAUAGUACAACAGCUUCUGGAUACAGCAUCAGAACCAUUAUCAUUUAUAGCAAGUGCUUAUAACAUGAGUGAAACUGACUCAGUUGCAAUUGAUUUCAAGUUGGAACAUGCAUUAAAGACGAACAUACCAUCUAACUUCAAUUUGUUGAAAGAAAAAAGAGAUCACACUGAAAGUACAGUUUUUAGUUCAUUGAGAAUUCCAACGUUACUUCAUUUUGCUGCGCGAUACAAUCUUGUGAGGUUAUGUGUAACGCUGCUUGACAUGCCUGGUUCUAAUGAAGCUCUAAACAUUACAAAUGUUGAUGGACUUGUUCCGAGCCAACUUGCAGAAUUAUAUGGAAAUAAUCACCUGUCUCAAAUAUUGUCGGAUGCACAACAUACCGAAAAAUAUAGUGACGUACAAUCAAAUAUGGCAGACGAGGUCUACGAACAGAUGUCAGGGGAAAUUUACGAUCGAUACAUUGAAGUAAAAAAUUUGGAUAUCUAUCAAGAUAUCUCUGAAGCAGAUAAUGAAUUAUACGAAGAAAUGUACUCGAGCAGAAGAGAAAGUAGUAACAGUCGGUCAAACAUACCUUUUGACAAGCAGAGUGUCUACAGUUCUGACAGUGCAGUGAGUUCAGCAAGUAACGACAGCAGAGGUUCUGUUUACGCCAGCAACGAUCAGUGCGCACCACCUGUCCCUCCCCCUGAUUGCCGAAGAAGUAACAAACCAGUGAUGAACCCACUUCUCUCGGAACUGAAACGAAAAACAGAAGAAAAACGAAAUGUAUUUAAAGAGACUUCCGAAGUUUACGAUUUUCCGCCAAGAUCGUCGCAAUCAAAUUUAGUAAUGCCCAGUGCAGAUCUUGGUGAUAUAUAUGAUGUACCACCUGAUAGCAAGAAUAAAAAUUUGUCGCAAGAAAUUUGCGACUUUCAAGGUAAACAUGAAAGUGAGACAUCUAAUGUUGACGAAGUCUAUGAUACUCCACCAAUCCAUUCCUCCCCUGAUGAAAUUUACGACUCUCCGCCGAAACAGCUAGCAUCAGGUGAAAUUUAUGACUCUCCGCCGAAACAGUUCGUAUCUGAUAAAGUUUACGAUAUUCCGCCAAAACAGCUUACAUAUGAUGAAGUGUACGACACUCCGCCGAAACAGCUUACAUCUGAUGAAGUGUACGACACUCCGCCGAAACAUUUUGCAUCUGAUGAAGUUUACGACACUCCACCGAAAUCGUUUUCAACUGAUGACGUGUAUGAUACACCGCUCAAUAAUUUUCCAGCUGCUGAAGUAUACGAGACCCCGCCUUCCUUUCUUGAUAAAAAAUAUACAUCAAAGCAAAACAAGACUGAGUUAUCAUCCACAAAAGAGGUUUACGAUAUCCCUCCUAGAAAACGUCUGCCAAGCGUACCUUCACCUCGGGUAGAGAGAGACGAUGUAUACGACUUUCCUCCUACCUCGAACUCUUGUCAAGAUGAUGAAAUAUAUGAUGAUGUAUUACCGUUAAAACCGAGACAUCAUACAUCAAACCAAGAUCUGUCCCCAAUGAGUAGACAUAAAGAGUUUCAAGAAGCAAGAAGAAAUGCAAAACGAUUGAGCGAACCAGCUUUAAGUUUAUCUGCAAGUGAGCAUCAACGUUUGGGAAGACUUCACGCUCCAGGAAAGCCUCUUUUACCACCAAGAAAUCCUGUUCCAGCUAGAAAUGGAAAACCUGGAAGAAGUCUAGCCCCGCCAUUGCCUCAAAGAAGAUGAUUAACAACUGUUUUCUCAGUGAACGAAAAUAUUGAUAUUUUGAACUGGAAACGAAAAACUUGGCUAUGAUAAUUGAAACGUAUUCGCCGCCAAAGAUAUUUUUUAACAUAUUGUGUAAGAAUUUAGAACGUGAAUUCGGGCGUAGAGAAAUAGCGCGAUGAAAAACGCCCCAUGUGAUUAGCCAGUGGUAAUAUUUGGGCCGUAAAAGUAAACGGUCUUACUGUAGGUUUAUGUAUCUUUCCCGAAUUCGGUGCUUUAUAAGAUAACCGUUUUGAAGUUUUGGAAUUUAAAAUUCGAUAUGGCUGAUUAAAUUUUAGCAAAUUUAGGAAGUACGGUUUUUUUGAUGUUGUUUAUAUUGGUGUUGACUUUUUAAUACCGGUCUUCUACACAUAUCACAAAAGAAUGGACUCGGGAAAGGUCUAUAAAGCGUUAUUAAAUUUAAUAUGAACAAUUGAAAUAGUGUUCAUAGUGAUUAAAAAAUAAAUUUUAUAAGUAUUUGCAGGUCCAAAUAUUUGGUAUUUUUACAGUUUUAUAGUUAUUUUUAUAAAAGCUACAUUUUUUUAAAUAUAUUUUUUAAAAUAAAUUUUAUAUUUUAAAUUGUAUAUAAGCAAACAAGCGACAGUGAUAUAACACAAGUAGAAUCGACAGUUGUCUCCAUCUAAACGCUUCUUUUUCAAUUUCUAAUAUGUGGCUAUCGCUUGUUUAAAAAAUCAAGGGAUCUAGGAUCGAGGUUGAGUAGUUUUAUUGUUUUACGGUAUAAAAAGGAUUAUGAGAAUAAAGACUCCGAUCCUAUACUAAUGAAUCGAAUCCCAAAAAUCGGAUUGUAAUGCACCAUCUUUAAACUACAUGUUUUUUGUGUGCAUAUAUCUAUAACCUUACACUUUCUUUUUGUAAACAUUUGGUUUUUUUCGAUUUGCCUCACACAUUGUUUAGCUACUUAUGGAAGAACGUCCCAAAAAUUUUUUUUGCUCAUUGCUUACCUGGUGUGAUUAUAUGGAUCGAAUUGUUUAAUUCCAAAGUAUUUUAAAAUAAGUAAAAAAUGUUUAAGGUCAAAGAACAUAAAUUUGCAAAUUAUAUUCACAGGAGAAAAACUUUGUCUCUUUAAUGUCAAAUUCUUAAAUUCUUUAAAUUCUUAAGUUGUGUAAGUUAAAAUUAUCGCUGACAAACUAUAUUUGGGACUUAAUUUCGCACCAUGGGAAUUGUUUGUUAUUUGGCCAAUUAUUUGUCAAGUAAUCUUUGAACAUUUAUUCACCAUGUAAAUAGUUUAGCAAUUCUUUGAAGCGAUUGUUUAAAUUUGGCGUUGUUUAUGUGUAGCAGGCCCUGGUAGGAGAGAAUUCUGAAGCAUAUACUAGGCACACAGCCUUUCAAACUUUGUUUUUUUUUGAGUUAUUGUUUAUUUUAUUAUUUAAAUCUUUUUUUUCAUUGGAGGUUUUAUCCCUAUUCUUGCCCCAGUACGAAAGUAGUAAUGUCGGGAUGAGAAUGCUUUAUCCCGUUUACGUAUAGUUAACGUCAGGAACGUUUAUCCCACAACUGUACGUAGUGUUAUUAGUAGUCCUUAAUACGCUUGAUUUACGCUGGUCCGUAUUUCGCCGCCCUAUUUCGAUAUUGCUAUUUGCAAUUUCAACUUGUGAUAUUACCGCUGCUACAUGAAAUUUAGGGCGGGGGCGUAUUAAGGUCCAGUAAAGUCAAUAUUAAGAAAUCUUUAUUUUUAUACAAAUAUAAUAAAACUUUUCUUGCAAACUACAAUAAUUCUUGCUGAUUUUAAAUUUGUAUAAUUUAAAAUUUAAUAUAAACUAUUUUUGUGUAAAGUAUGAAUGAAUUUAUCAAUUUAUUUUCCCCAGGACCGCUUUUUUUGUUUAUACCCUGUUUUGUAGAUAAAAUGUAUUCUGGA